AUGGUUGAUGAACCAAAAUUUGUAAGUGUCUCUCUUUCGAGAGAAAAAUAUUUUAGUUGGGUAUUUUUGGUUACAUGGAUUCUAACGUGUAUCCUUUGCUUACUUAUGUUUUUCUACAUAGAUCGAGUAUUUGCAUAUUCCUUAACAUUUAUACUCGAUUGGCUACUAUGGCGACCUUACAAAGUCAAAAUACAUUGUGAAUCAAUAAGGCUAUCACUAUUAUCUGCUCGAAUAUCUUUCAAAAAUCUCUGUAUAAUUACAGAAAACUCAACUAUUUCGAUUUUAGAAGGCAAAAUAAUAUGGCAAUACUGGCUAUUGAAUACAAGAGUAUCAGCCUAUGAAUUACACCAACAACAGAAGGAACACGGAUAUAUAACUCCAGGUUCAGGAUUUAAAAAUAUCCAAUUACCUUGCAAAUUUUUAUUUCAAUGUGAAGGUGCAGAAAUCUUUGUUUAUAAUAAAACAUCUGCCUAUGAAAAUAUUAUAGACUCAUUCUCACCAGAUGAAAAGAUAAAAUACAAAGAAUUUUUACAUAAACACUUCCGCUUUUCAAAAGACGAUACUCCCAUUGAACGACCAGAUAUUUUCGAUUCCAAAACUAUGAAGAAUACGGAUUUUAAUCCUACUACUAAUAAUAAUGAUAAAAAUAAUAAUGAUACCCAUAUGCAUUCACAACAUAACCAUCAGCAUCAUACUACAGGUUCUUCAACUACUACUGCAUCCACAUCUAUGGCUACCUCUACCAUUAAUGAUAAUAAUUUUGAUAAAUUAAGAAAUGAAGAACUAAGUUCAAAGAUAGAUAAACCACCCAUUAUUAAGAAAAAAGAAGUCAAAAGACCACAGAAACUUUCAAUAAUUCAAAGAUUGCAAGUUAUGUACGAAGAAUUUCAAUUAAAUUUCUAUCCAUUUGGUUUAAAAUUAACAAAAGGCUCUAUUAUCUUUGGUAAUAAAUUCACACCCUCUCUUUUAAUCAUUAGUUAUAAAUCAGCAGAAGGUAUUGUUGACGUACUUCCGGCUACAAACCCAAGAGUCGACUUAUACAAGAUGAAGAUGAAAUUGGAUUUCCAAAACUUUGAAAUUGAAGUUAAACCAAAUAUAUCUUAUGAAGAUGAUUCAAAACCCAAAGCAUUUUACUGUGACAGUAUGUUAUCAAGACUUUGGACAAAAUUUUCAACAUUGUUUGAUAUUAUGCCAAAUCCCUUAUCUAGAUAUAUUCAUUUUAGUAGAUUACACAAGAAUAGCUUAUUUCUCGAAGAUAAUAUAUUCGAAGAUGAAGAUUUUGAAAAAAAAUGGAAAGGAUUAUCCUUAUAUAAAGAUGCCGCAUUAAAUAGAGGCAAUCCAGAAGAACACAUCGAAUUUGAUUUUUUAAACCAUGAAUAUGCAAGAUAUUGUUCAAUUGUUAAAGCUCCAAGAUUAAUAUUUACAAAUGAAUAUGAUAUCCCUGGCAUUGUUCCGUAUCCUGAAGAUUAUGAAACACAUUCCGAUUCUACAUCCCAAGACAUAUCUUCUUCUAUUUCAUCCGAUUCUUCUACAAAUGAUAACAAUGACAAUGACAAUAAUAACGACAAUAACAAUGACAAUUAUGAUAAUUCCAAAAAUAAUGACAACAAUAACAAUAACAAUAACAAUAAUUCCGGUAUUAAAAGUGAUAAUACCAAUAAUAAUAAUAUUGCAGAAGCUGGUGCUUCACCAGAUACUGACCGAAAUAAUGAAUCUGAUGCGUCUAAUAACCAGCAAAGAAAUACUUAUAGUAGAUCCACGACUGAUAAUAUAUCAGCCCCUCCUGAAUCAAAUAUGGAAUUUCAAUUAUUUGAUGCAUCUAUCAAUUAUGGUCCCUGGGCUCACAGAAAUAUAAUGAACAUUCAACGUAUAUUUUCCCCCAUUGUUUCUAGAACUCCUGAGCUACAACCAGACCCAGAACCUGGAUUUUUACGUCGGUAUACUAUGACUAAAAUUUCUGUGUCGAUCAUGGAGGAUUCUUCGUGGCGUGUCCCUACCAGAGAACCAAGCAAGGAUCAAGAUUUUUUAAAGCGCUAUAUGAAAACAAAUGAUAGUUCAAGAUCGUUCGGUUGGUUUGACCUAAAUUUUUCAAGAAAUUCGGAAGCAACUUUCUGUAUUUCCUCCAUUCCAGAUGUUAAUGGUUACGCUAAUAAAUUAAAUCUGGAUUUUAAAGAUUUAGAAGUUAGAUCAAGUGUCAAUCAUGAUAUAUUUUUCAGAAGUAAAUCCUACAGAGUCGAUUCAGAUAUUGGAUAUCCUUUGGGCUGGAAUGAUGAAGUAACCUGGUCAUUUGUUUUUGAUUCAUAUCAACUAGAAACAUUUUUUUUACGAGAACAUUUAGUAUUAAUUGCGGAUACCUUCUCAGAUUUUUCUUCAGGUGAACCAACUCCUUACGAGUUUUUUAGACCAUCUAUUUAUAAGGUAGAUUGGAAUUUUCAUGGCUAUUCCGCCUAUUUAAAUGUGAAUGACCACAAUAUUAUCAACAAUCCUCUAGACUUUAAUGAAAACUGUUAUAUAUCUGUCCAUGGCGAUGAUGCUCACAUCGGUGUAGAGAUUCCACGCUUAGGUAUUACUGCAACCUAUACUGAUAUUAUCUUCCAAAUAAGUACACCUAUGUUCAGAUUACUGUUGAAUACUCCACCUUGGAACACGUUAAAUGAAUUUAUGCGUAAUAAAGAAAUUGGUAGAGGAUACGACUUCACUGCCGAAGGUUCUUACAUCAUUUAUUCUGAUUUAGAUAUUGAUAAUGUUGAUUCUCUAACUAUCGAAUGUAGCACAAGAAGAAUGACAUUACUGACAUAUGGUUUUGUGAUUGGAUAUUUAUUAAACGUCCAGAUGAAUUAUUUCGGGGAAUUUAGUCAUUUUAUUACUGCAGAAGAAUAUACUGAUAUAGUUAGAGGUAAUGAUAAUGAUAUUGUAAGCACGCUAGCAGAUUUUUCUGUGAUGUCAGAGACUAAUAGCGUAUCAAACGUAUCAAAUUCUCAACAUAAUCCAGAUAAUUCUUCUAAAUCUAACAUAAUUGAUCCACUGUAUAAUCCUCCACUAAGAAAAGACGACAUUAAAAGAAAAGUUAAUGAAACAGAUAUUUGGUUUACGUUUUCUGUAUGGGAGGGUGCCUUAUUAUUACCAGAGGUAUUAUAUAACAGUGACCCAUGUAUCGCAUUAUCAUUCAAAGAGUUAAUUAUUGAUUUUCGAAAUUGUGACUAUUAUCUAGAUUUAUUAGCGACUUUAAAUGGCACUUCUUUUAAAAGAUGUAUUCGAAAGAAUCAAAACGAUAUAUUUGAACUGGUUCAUAAUAAUGCGAUUAAAAAUCUUGAGGAACAUGGAUCAGUAUCUAAUAUCAGCAUCCACGGGCAUAGAAUGUAUGGUGCUCCACCUACUUCACCAUCAUAUUUUUCAGAUUGGGCUGUAGACGUUAACAAUUUGAGUAUUAAUUCUGAUAUAUAUUUUAUUAGAGGAUUCAUUUCUUAUAUUACCAAGGUUGGUUUUGAAUUUAGUAAUUUACAAAAUAUUUUACUUUAUGAUGAGUCCGUGCUUGAUAAUAUGACUUCUGUUACAGUUCAUGGUACUGGUAUUGAUAUUUUGGUUGCAGAUAAAUCGACAUCAGCUCAAGUUUUGUUAAAUAUGGAUGGAAUAACUUUCAAUAGAAUCAAUUUCGCGAAUGAUAGAUAUUCCAGCAGAAUAGAUCUCCAAGUACCUGGACUUCAUUUUGCAUUUUUUGAUAAUGGGUCAUCAAUGGAUAAAACAUGUUUAUUCGAGUUUAAAACAAAAAUAAAUUUCACAAAUUUCACUCAAAUGAAAGAUGGAGAGCUUCACAGUAAAAAACAGCAAGAAUUUAUUGCAUUGAAUGAUUCUGCAUUUCAUAGAUGUUCUUUUUUACUAUUACCACACAUUCAAGAAUCGUUAUUGUAUCAUGAGUUAUAUGGUGGCAUUACUCCUUCAUCUUCUGUACCACCACUUCCAAUACCCGUACAAGCUGAAACAAUUGCUUUUAUUAUUGAUGAUUUUCUUGGUCCAUUCGGUAUCAAUUCUACUGAACUCCUUGGAAGCAUUUCCACCUCAACGCCGAUACAUUCUAGUAACAAACCUCUAAAGCCACCCAGUUCCUCGGUGAUACAUCCUAUUGAGUCAAUGCAAUCACAUCUUGUACCAUCUCAAUCUGUUACCCAUGGUAAUUAUAUCAUUGACAUCAGUUAUAUUACUUUGGACAUAAAUCCUUUAUUUUUUACCUACGCAUCUAACUUUUUAGAUGAAUUCUAUUCUGAGAAUAUUAUAGAAACCAUAGAUGGAAUUGAAAUGGCUAUAGUAAACAGGUUAGGUACAAAAUCAGAAGAAUUGGAUAGUGUGACAAAUAUAAAACUUCAAAUUAAAUAUUUAGAUUUUUUCUUUGGUCAAAGAAACACAGAGGGACUGGAAUUAUAUGUAGACCAAAUUGACUUAGAAGUAUCUCAGAAAACUUUCCAAAAAAAGAGUACAGUGGUUCUGGAUGAAAUUGCUAUUCUCUCUAGAUUUUUAUCGCUGCGAGCUAGUAUUAAUGAAAAGAAAGUUUUAGAAGACUUUGAUGAAAGACCACCGGCAUUGUCACUUGCACUAGAAGGUUGGGAAGGUUGGUCUUCUACUGCAUCUAGUCAGGUAAAUUCCUUGAACAUAUCAUCUACUGAUAUCACUGUAGAUGAAUCACAAAUUGAAUGGCUUAUUGAUUAUUUGAAUAGACUGGUAGUUUUUGUGCACGAACUUGUUAAUUCGUUGGAUUCCAUUCAGAAAAAGAGUAAUGGAAUCCAAAAGAAAUUAGUAUCAGAUUUAACAUUAGCUAGUGAAUAUUAUCAGAUUAGUCAUGAUCCAUAUGUCAUCACAAAACCUGCUUAUGUGAUGAGAGUAUCAAAGGGGCAUGUUAGACAGAACCGAAGCUGGAGAAUUGUGACCAGACUGCGUCAUAUAUAUACAUAUCUUCCAGAUGAUUGGGAAAUUCAUGUUCAAGAGGAAAUGCGUGGCAAAGACAUGAAUGAUGUAAGUGAUUCGAGUGAUAUCUUUCUUACCGUCUUUUCUAAUUGGAGAAAUUGGGAAGUAUCAGAUGUCGCACGUUCAUAUAUUUAUAAGAAAAUUUUCCUUUCUAAUGACGAAACAACAUCUGAAAAGAAACUUCAAACAACAGUGAAAUUAAAUUUAAAUUCUAUUUUUUUUACCAUAUACAGUACAGGCUAUGCCAUAGAUCAUAAUAUUAUUUUAACUAAGGCUGUUAUUCUUCUUGAGUUAACUACAGAGACUGCUGUUUCACCACCUAUUGAAAAAAGUAUUUUAAAUAUGACUGGGAGCCUUGGCUCUAUUAAAGGUGAAUUUAGUGACAAGUUUUUAAGAUUAUUAGAGCUUAUCCCAGAUUUUUCAAAAGAAGAAGACAUCAAAUCCUUGACAGAAAAUUCAUCUAUAGUUUCGGAGAAAUCACCUUAUUUUACAAUUCAUCUAUUUUUAUUAUUUGAAAAUGGUGGGCUUCAAUUGACUAUGGGUGACACAACUCUGUCAAACAAUGUCACCGAUGGUAAAAUUAGUGCACUACUCGAGAAAUCUUCUUAUUCCAAAGAAUUUUCAUAUUCAGGGGCAUAUUAUAUGAAGAAAUCAGAGAUGUGCUUAAAACAUAAUAAAGAUAUUAUUGCUGAAUUCCAGCUACACCAUUUAGGUUUAAUAUCAACAGGCAUUUAUACACCUAUUUGCCCAGUAAUUUUAAUUAAUCUUCGUUCUGCUGACUUACAUUUUAAGUCCUUAGCAAGUACGGAAAAAAUUGUGAAAACAAUUGAAGAUAUAACUGAAUAUUCAGUUCAUCUUUAUAAACAUUAUGAUUUGAGAAAAUAUACUACAAAGCCAACUAAAGUUGAUCAAAAGCCAGAGAAAAUUAACUUUGAUGUUAGAGUAGCAUGUAAUUUAUCAAAGGUUAGCGCAGAACUUACAUUAAUAUCACCUUUUUAUUUAAGAUAUGAAACGAAGCAGCUUGAUCUAUACUUUAAUCAGAACGGGGAUGGUGAAAUUUUGCUAAGCCUUUGGGAUACUGAUAUAUUUGUAACGUCACAUCAUACUAAAGAGCAAUAUUUUAGAUUUUCUUAUGACGACAUUCAAAUAAAUUGUAAUCCAAUGUCUGAAAAAAAUAAGGUUUUAGUAGUUUCUUUAUCUGCAUCAUUAGUGAAACUCACGUUUUCAGAACCAAGAAGAAUAUUUGCAAGCUUUUUGCAAGAUGAAAGAAUUACGAUUGAAAGUUUUCAAGAAUUGAAAAAGUUGAAAAAAAUAUUUUUCUCGAAUGCUAAAAACGUUAAAAAAUUAAAUAAUGAUGUUCCAAAAGAAGAUACCCCAACAAAAUGGGCAUUAGAGCUCAAUAUUAAUUAUUUUGGUAUAUUGCUGCCUAUUGCUUCAACAUUUUUUGUAUUAGAACUUCAUAUGCUCUUGGGAUCCUUAACAAAUACUACAGAAGAAAUCCAAGAAGUAAAUAAUCAAAUAUCAGGUCAAAUUUCUCUAGAAAAUAUAUUAUUCCUAAUUAAUGAUCGUUCUUUACCACUUCGUCUUUCUAAAUUAGUUGACUUUUCUAUCCGUAUAUCGACUCUACAGAAAACUACUAGUUCUUAUGAGUCUCUUCAAAUUGAAAGCUCACAUUUUAGAAUGUGCUUUUCACCAGAAUCACUUGUGUUUGUAUUAUGGGGUGUCAAACAACUACAAAAUGAAUUGGAAUAUUACAAAGAUCACAAAACUAAACGACAAUGGAAUCUUAGCUCUCACAAGACUGGAACCAAAUCCUCAACGUCUGAGUCACCACUUAACUACUUCCGAUCUAUUCAUAUUUUAUCUUAUAACUUUUGUAUUGGGUGGAUGUUACCAGAAAAUCAAAAAGAUAUUCCGGGAUGGAUGUUUGGCUACGACAGGCUGUUCUCAGCUUAUGAAAAAAAUUAUGGUAAAUUAACUUUAAUAGAAGGUUAUAUGUCUGUUACAAAUAGUAAUUCUUCCAAUGAUUUUUUCUCACAAGGUGAAGAAAAAAAUAGACAUAAUAGAAGUUUUCUUCCUAGUAUGCAAAUAUUAUAUUGGCUCAAAGAAUUCAAUUCAAAAAAGGAUUUAUUUAUUCGACUCCAUGGUGAUGCACUUGACGUUGACAUCUUAUCAAAUUUUGUUAACAUUAUUGAAUUAAUAUUUAAAUCUUACCAGAUAUUUGAAGAUUUUAGAAAAUCAAAAAUAGUUCAAAAUAUUGAAAAACAGAAACAUCAUGAGCAUAUAAAAUCUGAAAAUGCAACAGAAUUUGUUCCAACGUUCCUCUCUGAUAUAAAUUCUAUUAAUUGUGAAUUUAAGUAUGAGGGUGGUACACUGCGAGUAUUUUCUGUGGAUGAUGUUGAGAUUGAUUCUACACCAUCAUUAGAAUUAAAUGCUCCAAAAGUUUCAAUAUAUCUUAACUAUAAACAUUUUGAUGACAGUCCAAAACCUCAUUGGUUACGUUGUGUAAUUGAUAUUCAUUCUAGUCAUAAUAUUCUAUAUUCAAAGUGUGCGCCGUUUGUAAUAGAAUUUGUUGAAAGUAUCCAAGAGAUCUUGGAAAACAGACCUGUUGAACCAAAACAAAGCGUAUCAAAGAUUGCAACACCUAAUAGAACCUAUAAGAGAAUUUUGGCUCCGUUCGAUAUUGCCUUCAGAAUUAAAGCAGCAAAGCAAAUGCUAAGUUUUAGUUGUGAGCCUAGUGCUAAAGUUCAAGCAAAUGUUGGUUUAGAUUCAUUUCUUUUUGGAAUUUCAACAGGAGGUUCUAGCGUUGAAGAUCCCCUUAGUCUUACACUUUGUAUUAAUAAGAUUAGCACCUCAGUUCAACACAUUUUUUCCAAAGAAGCUAGCGCAUCUUUUUCUCUAAAUUUUAUUGAUCUUACAUUCAUUUUUACACAACCUACCUUGUAUUGUGUUGGACUUAUUUCUGAUAUUGAUAUUUUUUUUAAUAUGAAGCAACAACAAAACCUUUUACUAUUCUUAGAUAUUUGGCAUCUAAGUGAAUCAAUUGGUAUCAGACCUAAUAGAAAGAAAAGAAAACAUAAAAAGCAUAAAGGUCAUACACAAAUCCCAGAAACUCCUCAGCCAGGUAAAAUAAUACCUUGGAAUUUUAAUAUUAUAUUUACUAACGUUAAUGCUGAUAUCCAUUUAGGACCUGCUCUAGGUAUUGUAUCUGCGAAGCUGGAAAAAACAUGGUUUAUAAGUGAUCGUUACUUAGACAAACGCCAAAUAUUACAAUUAUUUACAGAUGGUAUGGUAUUAAAAUCAAGAGGCAGGUUAAGUGGUAUGUUAGAUAUCUCUAAUGCAGGAUGGCGUUUAGAGGUAAAUUAUGCAGAUAAUGAAUUAAAUUAUAAUUCACCUAUAGUAGCAAUUGGUAUUGAUAUUGGAUGCGUUGCAUUAAAAACUGCAUUUGAUUAUCAUAUGUUUAUGAUAAGUAAAGUUAACAAUAUUCAUUUCCGUUUACAUAGUGAACGAGAUCCAGAAGGCAAGUUACCUGAUCUUUUGCUAACAACUCUCUUGUGCGAAGAGAUCAGUAUAUGCUCUACUACAUUGGUAGCAUCUAAUAUUCUAGAUAUUUAUAAUACCAUUAUACGAACUAGACAAGAUACAAAAAAUUCAUAUUUUGAAACCUUAAUGGAAUCUAAUAAUCAAGACACAAGAACUAAUAUACCGUACAGUGAUAUUUUGAAAUCGUUGAACUUAUUACGUACUGAUGUUCAAAUUGACGUUUCAAAGCUUCAAUUACAAAUUUCGCCAAUCUCUUUGUUUGACUUUGAAGUUCUAGUGAUAAAUAUUGAUAAUAUGUCGGCCAGAUCUGAAACCACGUCGACAGAUAAGCUCAAAACUCGUUUAGAAUUACAAGUUUGUAAUGCCUCUGUUGCAUUAUCGACUGCUAAAGAAGAAUUAGAUGAAGAAAGUGUUAAUAAGAUAUCGGUUGCAGAUUAUAUGACCUAUGCUUCUAAAAUCAAGGGUGGUACGAUUCUAAUUAUACCGAAACUAUUGGUUGGGAUGACUACUUGGCAAAAAGUUACCUCUAAUACAAUUGAAUAUACAUUUACCUGUAAAUUUGAUGGUAAAGUGUCUGUGAGAUGGAAUCUAGGGCCAGUUAAUUUCAUUAAGGAAAUGUGGGCAACUCAUGUUAAAUCUUUAGCGGUGCGUCAAGCAAGGAUUGAAGAACCAGUUGAAUACUCUAGUGAAGAAUUGGAAUCGAGUCCAGAAAGCAUAUAUUUGGAACCAGCUCAACCCAAAUUCACAUAUGUGGCUUUGGUGGAACCUUCUAUAGAAAUGCCACAGAUUAAGGAUUUAGAAGAUGCUACUCCUCCUAUGGAGUGGUUCGGGUUAAAUAGGAAAAAGUUUCCUAGCUUUACUCAUCAAACUGCUGUUAUUGUCGUACAAAAAUUAGUUCACGCUGUUGAGAAAGAAUAUGCGAAGAUUAUAGGACAUUCAGAACAGUAA